AUGGAAAAAAGUUCAAAACUUUGUGUUUUAGCAGACAACACGCUCGUUAGCAUUGUCGAAAGAAAUAGAUGUAAGGCCGAGAAUAUUGAGUAUCCACAUGAUAUAACAAUUAAUAAAAAUAUGGAUAAGUUGCGGACUGGCAUUAAAGAACUAGAACAAGAAUUAUCGAUAGACGAGGAGUCAGGGACUCUAAAUUCCAAAGAACUUAAGGAAAGAGAAGAUACGCUUAUCAAAUUGACAAAACAAUUCGAAAAGCUUGAAGCUUUAAUGCAAGAUAGAAAUGAUAUCACCGCCAAAGAAUUACUACUCGGACUUAAUUCCAUGAACGAAUCUUCCUCCAGAAAAUCGAAAAAAACUGUUCGAUUUUCUGAUCAACUCAUAGAAACCGAUGAUCUUGAUAAUACUCAAGUUCUUCAAUUGCAGCAACGAAUGAUGCAAAGUCAAGAUGAAGAUUUGGAUAGAUUGGAUCUUGCAAUAGGACGUCAAAGAGAAAUGGGAAUUUUGAUUGGCGAAGAAUUGGACUAUCAUGUGGAAUUAUUAAUGGAGACAGAAGAUGCAGUUGAUAGAACUGAAGGAAAAUUAAAUAAAGCAAAAAGGAAUCUCUCCACAGUAUCAAAACGAGUAAAAGAAAAUGAUUAUCUUUGUUAUUAG